AUGCCCGGCUCAAAAUUGCGAAUUUCCGUGUCGACCUCGUUUGCGACUGUCUGCAAACGCGGGCUGCGAACGAAGCAGCACUCCCUACCAGCGGCCUACUAUCGCGGCGGGACAUCCAGAGCGAUCUUCUUCAAGCAAGAGGACCUCCCGCAUGACCGCAAAGAAUGGGAUUCAAUCUUUCGAGGGGCUAUCGGAAGUCCCGAUCCAUACGGCCGCCAGCUCGAUGGACUUGGAGGGGGUAUCUCCAGUCUCAGUAAGAUCUGCGUCGUGGGACCGUCGACCCAUCGAGACGCGGAUGUCGACUACACCUUCGUUUCACUGGGUAUCAAGAAUACCGACGUCGACUACUCUAGCAACUGUGGCAACAUGAUCUCGGCCGUCGGGCCGUACGCGGUCGAUGCUCAGCUCUUCCCCUUGAUUGAGGAGAAUGCAGACUCCGUCUCAGUACGCAUACACAACACCAAUACCGGCAAGAUCAUCCACUCCUCAUUCCCCAUUAUAGAUGGGGAAGCAGCUGCGACGGGUGAAUUUUCCAUAGACGGCGUUUCAGGCACUGCUGCCCGCAUCAAACUAGAUUUCAUAAGCCCAGCCGGCUCAGCAACAGGGAAACUCCUUCCAACCGGUAACCCGAUCGACAUCAUCGACGGCAUCCCGGCAACCUGCGUUGACGCCGCGAACCCAUGCGUCUUUGUCCGAGCCGCAGAUCUUAGAGUCGACGGUAAUUUGAUGCCAGAUGAGAUCACUGUGCAUCCGGACCUGCUUUCGCGCUUGGAUUCUAUUCGUCGUCAGGCGGGUGUCCAGAUGGGCCUUGCAGAUACACCUGCAGCGGUACCUGGCAGCGUGCCGAAGAUCUGCCUCGUUGCGUCUCCUUCGGGUCUAGGGUCACGCGAUACAGCGCAGAAGCAGACGUCAGCCGAUAUCGAUAUUCUAGCUCGAGCCCUCUCGGUUGGACAGCCGCAUAAGGCUGUACCUAUUACUGUGGCCCUGGCAUUGGCGGCUGCGGCUCGAGUACCAGGUAGCAUGGUAGCGGAGGUUGUUGCGGACAAGAAACCUGUCGAUGAUGCUGGCAUCACCAUCGGACAUGCUAGCGGGAACUUGUUGGUCGGCGCGAGUUUCGAUACGAAUGGUGCGUUGACUUCUGCGACGGUCUUUCGUACAGCGCGUCGGCUGUUCGAGGGUCGGAUAUUUUGGAAGAACGACAAGUUAGAAUAA